AUGAAGCCUGCUAAGCUGGGAUUUCUUCUAUGGCUCUUCAUCUUCUGCUUACAAACUUCCCCAUUAUUGGGUGGUACUGUUAAAAUUGCUGAACGUAUCUGUGGACACCUAUCAGAUCGCUGUUCUUGGGAUAUGGAUAGAGGAAGCUGCUUUGAAGUGCACUUUAGAUAUUUCUACAACAAAACCUCCAAACACUGUGAAUCUUUUCUCUACACCGGCUGUGCAGGCAACCUUAACAACUUCAAGCUUAAAAUAGAAUGUCAAGUAACCUGCGAUUCAAAGUACCAAAUAAAGCUCGACCGCUGCCAGGAAGUCAGUGCAGGGGCCAGCCAGCAGGUCAUCUUCCUGCCACCGCAGACCACUCAACACCCAGUGCUCUUCAGAAUAAAUGACUGGGGUCCGGAAAAACAUGGCGGAUAG